AAGUCAAAAUUUCAACCUCUAUGCUCUCUCCCUCUUUCCUCUCCCUAUCUCCUGUGCUAUACAGCCGCCUGUCGGAAUUGCUUUUUCUAUUUCUUUCCAAUUACAAAAAUGGCGGUGGCUUCUCUUCAGUUCCCUGUAAAAGCUUUCAGGUCAUUCCCUCAAAACUUUCACUUGUCAUCUAGUAAAUCAUCUAAGCAUCGCCUUGUCAGGUGUUCCGCUGCCUCCCCUCCUUCCAAACGCAAUUAUUCCAUCACUUUACUUCCUGGCGAUGGCAUUGGUCCCGAAGUCACCGCUGUUGCCAAGAAUGUUCUCGAUCUUGCUGGCUCUCUCGAAGGGAUUAAAUUUAAUUUCCUCGAGAUGCUUCUGGGUGGAGCUGCAUUGGACGAGACAGGAGUCCCAUUACCAGAAGAGACAUUAUCUGUAGCAAAGCAAUCUGACGCUAUUCUUCUUGGCGCAAUUGGAGGGUAUAAAUGGGAUAACAAUGAGAAGCGUUUAAAGCCAGAGACUGGGUUGCUUCAGCUACGGGAAGGUCUUAAAGUAUUUGCCAAUUUAAGACCAGCUAUUGUAUUCCCACAGUUAAUGGAUGCCUCAACUUUGAAGAGAGAGAUUGUUGAUGGGGUUGACCUCAUGGUUGUAAGGGAACUCACUGGAGGCAUUUACUUCGGAAAACCCAGAGGCUUCGGUACUGAUGAAAAUGGUGAAGAGACUGGCUUCAAUACUGAGAUUUAUGCUGCACAUGAGAUUGAUCGCAUAACACGUUUUGCAUUUGAGAUUGCUCGGAAGCGGCGUGGGAAACUCUGUUCUGUUGACAAAGCUAAUGUGUUAGAGGCAUCAAUGUUCUGGAGGAGAAGAGUUCUGGCAAUGGCACAAGAAUAUCCGGAUGUUGAGCUCUCACACAUGUAUGUUGAUAAUGCCUCAAUGCAACUAGUUCGCUAUCCCAAACAGUUUGACACAAUUGUAACAAACAACAUAUUUGGGGAUAUACUAUCAGAUGAGGCUGCAAUGAUCACUGGAAGUAUUGGGAUGCUUCCUUCUGCAAGUCUUGGGAAUUCGGGACCUGGGCUUUUUGAACCUAUACAUGGCUCUGCUCCUGACAUUGCCGGACAGGACAAAGCAAAUCCAUUUGCUACUGUUCUUAGUGCUGCUAUGCUUUUGAAGUAUGGUCUUGGAGAAGAUAAGGCUGCUGAGAGAAUAGAAAAUGCAGUUUUGGACACCUUGAACAGGGGAUUUCGAACUGCUGACAUAUAUUCCGCUGGAACAAAACUAGUAGGAUGCACACAGAUAGGUGAAGAGAUAAUGAAGUCAGUUGAAUCGCAAGUUCCUGCUGCAGUAUAAAUCAGACAUAGAUAUCCAUCCACAAAAAUUUGAGUGCUGGGUUUGGCUUGAAGAUCUCUUCUGAUGGACUGUGAUUUACCUAUGCUUUCUCUAAUGGAUUCUAGCAGAAAGAAUUUUCCCAUACUGAAGAGAAUUCCAGGUUCCUUUUAUGCGAGGUUAGAAAAUGUUCUAGUGAAAAUUGGGAACAUUUAAAAUGUAGUUUGAUAAUCUACACUCAACUCCUGUACUCACAGUAGGGUCCAAUGAAUGUGGAAUUUUCUUGCUUGAGUAUCUAAUUAGGCUUGAAUCA